AUGUCGGUUGCGAGUGUCGCAGCACACACAAAAAGGAGUGAUGGAAAAUGUGACUUGCUGACGAAAUUUAACGAAGUUUAUCGUGGCAUUGAACAGGAGCUACGUUCUCACCGUCAGGAGCACGACCGCAUCCGUACGGAUUUGCAGCAGCAGCUCGAACGCGUACAGAGUGAAGCACUAGAUCCGACGUACGGGCACGACGCGCAAACGGUUGCCGGUCCGGAUUACAAACGUGUCAGCGAUGAAGUGAUCCAGAACCAGCAGAACCAAAUUCAGCUGAUCAAAGAGGAAAAGGAAACGUUCGAAAAGCUGUGGCAAAGCUCGCAGCGUACCAUCCGCAUUUUGGAGCUCGAAAUUCACGAGUACCGACGGCAACUGAAGCAGCCUAAAGGUGUGCUUGACGCACGGCAACAGUACGCGGCCGCCGUACAGCUGCUGGAACAGAAUCUGUCGGGCGUACGAGCCGCAUUGGACGAAAAAAUAACCGAAAACCGACACCUGCAGAGCGACCAGCAGGUGGCAAAGGAACGUGUGAAGGUAUUGGAGGAAGCCGUGGAAGCGCACCGGCUCGAAACGGAAGUGCUAACGAAGGCAAUCGACGAGCUGCGGACAAGCGAGUGUCAGCUGCGCACAAACCUCGAGCGCACGAUGAGGGAUAAGUCCGAGCUGGAGACGCUGCUCGAUACCGCUGCCGCACUGGCCCGGCAGCACAUGAGCCGGGAAAACGUUGCCCUCGCCAAGGUCCAGGAAGCCCUCCAGUUGGCGGACAGUGCGAUCGAGGAGAAGAACUGCGUGGUGCGGCGUGAACAGGAUGCCCGCGAAGAGUGUGACUUUCUCGCCUCAACCAUCGGGCAAGUGAUGGAAGAAGCGGCACGGAAGGUGGAACACGAGCUCGGCGGACUGCGCAGCGGGUACGAGCGGCGAAUAGGCGAGCUGGAGCGGGCCCUUGACCAAACCCGCAGCACACUGGAGGCACAGGCACAGCGGACCAACCAGGCCGAGACGAGGGCCCGCACGGUGGAGGAAAAGUUCCGAACGCUGCUAAAAACGAACCAAAAUCUCGAUACCGAUCUGCGGGCGGCUUCAAAGAUGAUUAUCGAAAUGGAACUCAAGAUGGAAGCACUUCAGAAAACGAUGGCCAAAGAGAAGGAAACAAACCGAGCGUGCAGUGCCCGGGAGGAAGACCUGCAGCGUCUGCUGGCCAACAGUGAACAGCUGAAGGAACGCUGGAAGCGCGAGAUGCUUUCGGUAACCGACGAGCUGCGGCGAAAGAUUGAAACGAUGCAGCGAGAGAAUUGCAAGCUGACAGCGGAAAACAAUCAAUUAAAGGAUCAGCUAUUAAUGGCAUCGUCACCGGUGGAGGCGCCCGGUCGGUUGGAUGGAGGCGCCCAGUCGGUGAUCACUGCCGGUACCGGAACAUCGACGAACGGUCGUCCGUGA